AUGUUUCUUAGACCAUGGCUUCUAUGCCUUUUGGCGGUGGGACUGUGUUCUCUAUGGCCAUGUACGGAAGGUGCUUUGGAUUUGGAAGCCUAUUUUGAGGCUUUGGACAAAGCCCCUGAAUCUCAGGAACGUGUGGUUGGAGGCUAUAGUGUUGGCAAUGAGGAGUAUAUUCCCUAUCAGAUCUCUCUGCAAUAUAACAAAGAUGGUGAUUACCGUCAUUUCUGUGGUGGUUCCAUAAUCUCUCCAAAUCGCAUUUUAACCGCUGCCCAUUGUGUGGAGGGCCAAAAAGCCGAUAAGUUGUCUAUUUUGGCCGGCAUUAAUGAUUUGGGUUCUAAGGAGGGUUCCCGCUCCCAGGUCACUGCUAUUGAUUAUCACUCGAAUUAUGUGCCGUUGAAAAGCAGUGAUAUAGCCAUUCUCAACAUAGAGCCUCCACUUGAGCUGGAUGGCCAACGUAUCGAUAAAAUUGAUGUCACUGGCUAUGAGGCGGUGGGAGGCAAACAAGCUGUCCUAUUGUCUGGCUGGGGUUCAGUACAUCAUUUUGGCAAUGGCAUAUUGGCGAAAUAUCCCAAACGAUUGCAGAAAUUGGAUUACACCACCAUCACUAAUGAAGAGUGUAAGAGGACUAUGGAGAAUUUAUCAGAUACGGAAAUAUGUGCAGUGGAACGUUUUGGCAAAGGAGCUUGUAAUGGUGAUUCUGGUGGUCCCCUGAUCAUGAGGCGUGAGGAUCAGUUGGUCCAAGUUGGCAUUGUAUCUUAUGGUACAGCAUUUUGUGCCUCCAGUGCCCCUGAUGUUUAUACCAGAGUUACCAUGUUCGAUGAUUGGAUUAAGGAACGGUUUUAA